AGAUGCGUUCUCGCAGUAUUGACGAACGCAUUGAAAUAGUGCCCAUUCUAUAUCAUUGUGGAACGAGCUUGUAUGUUACAGUGAAUCGUGCCAGCUCAAGAAUUUAAGAAGAUUUCAGCUUUUUCUAUCAGACAGUUAACGCGUUCCCCUCGCCGCCGAACCCUUGCGUAACGCGCUCCUCGCGCGUUUCGGGACGUCGAGGGAAACAAACGACAGGCGCGUCGAAGACACUCGCGCACAUCACGGAGAACAGGCGCGAUGGCGACAGCAGCCCGGCCCGAGACACCGCCGCCGCCGCCAGCGCCUGAAACGGCCCCGGAACCAGCGACCGCGUCGCCGACAGCUGCCGACCGGCAGCCCGCACCCUGCGGAGAUGUGGAGGCCGGGGCGAAGGCUCUGCUGGCGCCCAGCUGCCGCAGGCAGCACGCGGCUGCGCUCUUGGCGCACGGGUGGUCGGUGUGCGUGGGCGCGGCGACGGCGUGGACGUCGCCGGCGCUGCGUGCUGAUGGCCACGCGUGCCACACGGAGGACGAGUCGGUGCGCAGCGCGCGUGUCGCUGACGAGGCGUCGUGGAUGCGGCGCUGUUCCCGCUGGCGCCGCUGCUGGCCGGGCCGCCGCCGGCGCCGUCGCCGCGCCCUCGGCCCCGCGGCGCGCUGCUCGCCCUCGCGCGCCACGCGCCGCGGUGCUGGUGCUUCGCGUGGCCGGACAGCACGUCCAACUAGUGCUGUGUUGGCACUGGCUCAAGUGGACUCGAAGUGGAGCAGAUCGGAAUCAGGCAGAAGUGCAUUCACUGCUACUGCGAGCCAAGUCUUCUCAAGAUCUGCUCCAAAUGCACCGUGA